AUGUCGAUUCUCUACCCGAUGUUAACUCCACACAACUACACGGUGUGGACGAUAAAGGCAGAAGCAAUCCUCAAUGCCCAAGGAGUUUGGGAAGCAAUAGAGCCAGCGAGAGGAGCCGAAGUGGAUGUGAAGAAAGACAAGAAGGCACGUGCAUACAUUCUCCAAUGCAUCCCGGAAGAUGUGCUUCUACAAAUCGCUAAGAAGAAGACCGCAAAGGAAAUAUGGGAUAGUCUCAAGACAAGGUACUUGGGCAGUGAGCGGGUGAAGAUGGCGAGAGUUCAAACCUUGAAGAGUGAGUUUAAUGUUCUUCGGAUGAAGGAAAUUGAGACGAUCGAUGAGUUCGUAGGAAAAAUCAGCGGAUUAGCAAGCAAGUUCACCACCCUCAGAGUUGCACUUGAGGAUUCAUCAUUGGUCAAUAAGCUCCUAGAUUCCGUCCCCGACAAAUAUCUUCCCAUUGUCGUCGGAAUCAAGCAAUUCCAAGAUCUCGAAACCAUGCCGUUUGAAGAAGCAAUUGGACGGAUGAAGGCAUACGAGGAACGAACAACACGAUUCCGAGAAAACAAUAACAACACCGAUGGACAACUCCUACUUACCCAUGCCGAAUGGAAAGCUAGACAAAAAGGACAUAGUGGUGACAACUCUUCGAUGAACAAAGGGCGCAGAUUUAGUGGUAUCGAUCGAGGAAGAUGGCGAGGACGUGGUCGUGGCACUGAGCGUCAAAAUAGUGCGGGAGGCACUAGCAACACUGGAAAUGGCACUCGUGAUAAAAGUCACAUUAAGUGUUUCACUUGCAACAAGAUGGGACAUUACGCGUUGGAAUAUCGUGGAAAAGGUCAUGACGAGGAAUCUCAUCUAACUUGUGUCGUCGAAGAAGAACCGACUUUGAUGAUGGCCAUGUCCCAGGAGGGGACACGCACUAGAUGUGAUCAGGAGGAUGCCAUACUACUCAACAAAGAGCGGUUGUUGCCAGAGAUGUAUUGCAACGACAAGAAUGGAGAAAAUAAUGAUGUUUGGUAUCUAGACAACGGUGCUAGUAACCACAUGAUUGGUCAUCGUGAGAAGUUCCAAGAAUUAGAUGAAAGCUUCACUGGGAAGGUGAAGUUUGGCGAUGGACCAACCAUUCAGAUCAUGGAAAAAGGAACAGUCAUGUUCGAGUGCAAGAACGGUGAUCAGAAGGCUCUCCAAGAGGUGUAUUACAUUCCAAAAUUAUGUAGUAACAUCAUAAGCCUCGGACAAAUGACAGAAAAUGGAAACAAGGUGCAAAUGAUAGAAGAUAUCAUGAAAGUGUCUGAUAGGAGUGGGAAGCUUUUGAUGUCGGUGAAGGGAACUCAAAAUCGUUUGUACAAGAUAACUUUGAAGACACUCAAGCAAGUCUGCCUUCUGACAAGCCUAGAAGAUCCAACAUGGUUAUGGCACGUGAGUUGGAGUACCACUAGUGACUCAACCGAACAAGUUAUGUGA